GCAACACAUGUAUUCUAGUUUUGUUUAUGAUAAGGGUGAACGAUGAAUGAGUAAUUGAAUUGUGAUUAUCUGGCAGUCCAGAGUUUGAUACACUUUGAGAUUUCUUAAUCAAUUUUUUUUCUCCUUCCUUGGUGUAGAACUAUGGCGGCGCAGGUACAUGAAUUUUCUGUUGAAAUGACUUGUGAAGGAUGCUCAGGAGCUGUGAGCAGAGUAUUGGGAAAACUAAAAGGUUCUGGUGUUGAUGAUUUUUCAAUUGAUUUAGGGAACAAAAAAGUUUUGGUAACUUCAUCUCUGCCAGCUGAAACAUUAAUGGAAACCUUAAAAAAAACUGGAAAGGAGUGUUCAUAUAUUGGUGUUAAAGCUUGAUAUGCUUUCGAUUAUUUUGUACUUACGUUUUAAAACUUCCUUUUUUGUGUAUUUUGCAGAGCUGAUAUGUGUUUAUGUAAAGAUAUGUUCCUUUCUUAUAAAAUCCUGUUGUGAUAAAUGAAUUUCAGCAUUUAUAAUGAAGUUUUAUGUGAGAUAAGAUAUGACUAUAAAUAUAUAUGCAUCAUAAAAAUAUAUUUUUCUAUUGACAACAUCUUUAUGUAGUACUGUUAUUAAGUUCAGAACACUUAAAUUAAAACAUAUUCGUACAUUAUUUCUUUGUUAAUAGAUCUGUUAUAUAUUGAGCUACAUUUGAUACACAUAAUGAUGAGUGAUAAUUCAUCUAUUAUUUGUUUAAUUUUCAUGUACUGAUUAAUAAAAAUUAUUGCAGUAAAACUUUUUUUGACUUAUUAUAUACUGCUAGGGGCUUUGGUUGGCAGGAAGCAGUUUUUGUAAUGAUAAUAGAGUCAGGAAUUUAGCUUAUGGUGGUAUUUUUCUCUUUUAGUAAUGCAAUCUUCUUAAAAAUAAUUUUUCCAGCUUAUGAAAGUUGAAUGCAUUAGAUUCAGUCCUUGCAAAAUGUAACUGAUAUGAACCCUGUUGUUCUCACGGUAAUUAAUCUGUUGUUAAAUUAGAUCUGUUUCCUUGAUAUUAGUUUUACCCUCUCAUUUACCAUCUAUCUGCACCUGUGUUGCCAUUCCACAAUAUUAUUCCUUGUAAUGAUGCAUCAUUUCAUUGUAUGGGAAUUGGAAUACAAGAAUACCUCGCUUAGUACUGUUAAUUGUUUAUUCUAAGAUAUUACACUAAUUGAAACUGCACUGAAUGAAACAUUAUUUUUAUAGGAAAAUUAGUAAUUAGUUCAUAUCAAAUUUUGUUAAAACGAAAAUAUUUACGCAUUUAUGUAAGAUUAAUGGAAAAUAACAAAAGUUAAAAAAUACAAUAUGUAAUGGAAGAUUGAAGAUUUUUGUUGUUUGUUUACAGUAUCAAAAGGGAAAACAUUAUUUUUUUUUUAGUUUUUGGUACCACAAUUAUUAUUAUUAUUAUUAUUAUUUUUUUUUCCUUUUCUUUUUUUCCUUUGUUCAUCAUGUGAAAUUGCAUUUAAAUGGAAUAUAUGUCGAAACUAAUGUAAGUCUCAUCAUGUUCUUAAAAAACAUGCUAAAGGGCUAUAGUAGGAAGGCAGUCAUUGGAAACUUAUUGCCAGAUGGAGUUCCUGGUAGUGAGUAACACAUUAAUAUUAUUCAAACUAAAGAUGUAUAAUGCUAUACUUAAUAAAAAUGUAGAUUUUUAUGCCAA